UCCACGUGCGCCCGUGUGUGUGACACAGCCCUGACCUUAGUGGAGGCCACUAGCCAAUCAGGCGCCGGGAAGAGAUCCCCAGCCAAUCGGGGGCGGGGCCUGCGGCUCCGUCGGCAAGAGGCCAAUGAGGGGGCAGUGCCCGGCAUUAUGCAACCCGCCUCCCCGCCCGGUGGAGCUGCCACUCGGCUGCGGGCUGGAGCGGCUGGAGCGGCGGCGGGCAGGCGGGCCGAGGACACUCCCGCGACCAGGUACUGGCUGUGAUCGAACUUGUCAACCCGCAGAGACUUCAAUCUUCCACCUUACUCCCUCAGCCAGGCCUCCAGGCCCCCCCGUGCAUCCGUGGUGGCCUCAUCACCUUCUCUGUUCUGUUCUUCCCAUGGCCCAGACAUGAGUGGCCCCCUAGAAGGGGCUGAUGGGGGAGGGGACCCCAGGCCUGGGGAAUCAUUUUGUCCUGGGGGGGUCCCAUCCCCUGGGCCCCCACAGCACCGGCCUUGCCCAGGCCCCAGCCUGGCCGAUGACACCGAUGCCAACAGCAAUGGUUCAAGUGGCAAUGAGUCCAAUGGGCAUGAAUCCAGGGGUGCAUCUCAGCGGAGCUCACACAGCUCCUCCUCAGGCAAUGGCAAGGACUCAGCCCUGCUGGAGACCACUGAGAGCAGCAAGAGCACAAACUCUCAGAGCCCAUCCCCACCUAGCAGUUCCAUUGCCUACAGCCUCCUGAGUGCCAGCUCAGAGCAGGACAACCCGUCCACCAGUGGCUGCAGCAGUGAACAGUCAGCCCGGGCGAGGACCCAGAAGGAACUCAUGACAGCACUUCGAGAGCUCAAGCUUCGACUGCCACCAGAGCGCCGGGGCAAGGGCCGCUCUGGGACCCUGGCCACGCUGCAGUACGCACUGGCCUGUGUCAAGCAGGUGCAGGCCAACCAGGAAUACUACCAACAGUGGAGCCUGGAGGAGGGCGAGCCUUGCUCCAUGGACAUGUCCACCUAUACCCUGGAGGAGCUGGAGCACAUCACGUCUGAGUACACGCUUCGUAACCAGGAUACCUUCUCAGUGGCUGUCUCCUUCCUGACGGGCCGAAUCGUCUACAUUUCGGAGCAGGCAGCUGUCCUGCUGCGUUGCAAGCGGGACGUGUUCCGGGGUACCCGCUUCUCCGAGCUCCUGGCUCCCCAGGAUGUGGGAGUCUUCUAUGGUUCCACUGCUCCAUCUCGCCUGCCCACCUGGGGUACAGGGGCCUCAGCAGGUUCAGGCCUCAGGGACUUUACCCAGGAGAAGUCUGUCUUCUGUCGUAUCAGAGGAGGUCCUGACCGGGAUCCAGGGCCUCGGUACCAGCCAUUCCGCCUAACCCCGUAUGUGACCAAGAUCCGGGUCUCAGAUGGGGCCCCUGUGCAGCCGUGCUGCCUGCUGAUUGCAGAGCGCAUCCACUCGGGUUACGAAGCUCCCCGGAUACCCCCUGACAAGAGGAUUUUCACUACACGGCACACACCCAGCUGCCUCUUCCAGGAUGUGGAUGAAAGGGCUGCCCCCCUGCUGGGCUACCUGCCCCAGGACCUCCUGGGGGCUCCAGUGCUCCUGUUCCUGCACCCUGAGGACCGACCCCUCAUGCUGGCUAUCCACAAGAAGAUCCUGCAGUUAGCGGGCCAGCCCUUUGACCACUCCCCUAUCCGCUUCUGUGCCCGCAACGGGGAGUAUGUCACCAUGGACACCAGUUGGGCUGGCUUUGUGCAUCCCUGGAGCCGCAAGGUAGCCUUCGUGUUGGGCCGCCACAAAGUACGCACGGCCCCGCUGAAUGAGGAUGUGUUCACUCCCCCGGCCCCCAGCCCAGCUCCAACCCUGGACACUGAUAUCCAGGAGCUGUCAGAGCAGAUCCACCGCCUCCUGCUACAGCCCGUGCACAGCCCCAGCCCCACAGGACUCUGUGGAGUCGGCCCCGUGACAUCCCCAGGCCCUCUCCACAGCCCUGGCUCCUCCAGUGAUAGCAACGGGGGUGAUGCAGAGGGGCCUGGGCCUCCUGCACCAGUGACUUUCCAGCAGAUCUGUAAGGAUGUGCAUCUGGUGAAGCACCAGGGCCAGCAGCUUUUUAUUGAGUCUCGGGCCCGGCCUCAGCCCCGGCCUCGCCUCCCUGCUACAGGCACAUUCAAGGCCAGGGCCCUUCCCUGCCAAUCCCCAGACCCAGAGCUAGAGACGGGUUCUGCUCCCAUCCCGGCCCCACUAGCCUUGGCCCCUGAGGAGGCCGAGAGGAAAGAAGCCUCCAGCUGCUCCUACCAACAGAUCAAUUGCCUGGACAGCAUCCUCAGGUACCUGGAGAGCUGCAACCUGCCCAGCACCACUAAGCGUAAAUGUGCCUCCUCCUCCUCUUACACCACCUCCUCAGCCUCUGACGAUGGCAAGCAGAGGACAGGUCCAGUCCCUGUGGGGACCAAGAAAGAUCCGCCGUCAGCAGUGCUGUCUGGGGAGGGGGCCACCCCACGGAAGGAGCCAGUGGUGGGAGGCACCCUGAGCCCGCUCGCCCUGGCCAAUAAGGCGGAGAGCGUGGUGUCCGUCACCAGUCAGUGUAGCUUCAGCUCCACCAUCGUCCAUGUGGGAGACAAGAAGCCCCCGGAGUCGGACAUCAUCAUGAUGGAGGACCUGCCUGGCCUAGCCCCCGGCCCAGCCCCCAGCCCAGCCCCCAGCCCCACAGUAGCCCCUGACCCAGCCCCAGAUGCCUACCGUCCAGUGGGGCUGACCAAGGCCGUGCUGUCCCUGCACACACAGAAGGAAGAGCAAGCCUUCCUCAGCCGCUUCCGAGACCUGGGCAGGCUGCGUGGACUCGACAGCUCUUCCACGGCGCCCUCAGCCCUUGGCGAGCGAGGCUACCACCACGGCCCCACACCUCCAAGCCGCCGACACCACUGCCGAUCCAAAGCCAAGCGCUCACGCCACCACCAGAACCCUCGGGCUGAAGCGCCCUGCUAUGUCUCCCACCCCUCACCUGUGCCACCCUCCACCCCCUGGCCUGCCCCACCAGCCACUACCCCCUUCCCAGCAGUUGUCCAGCCCUACCCUCUCCCAGUGUUCUCCCCUCGAGGAGGCCCCCAGCCUCUUCCCCCUGCUCCCACAUCUGUGCCCCCGGCUGCUUUCCCCACCCCUCUGGUGACCCCAAUGGUGGCCUUGGUGCUCCCUAACUAUCUGUUCCCAACCCCAUCCAGCUAUCCUUACGGGGCACCCCAGACCCCUGCUGAAGGGCCUCCCACUCCUGCCUCGCACUCCCCUUCUCCAUCCUUGCCCGCCCUCCCCUCAAGCCCUCCUUGCUGCCCGGACUCUCCACUAUUCAACUCAAGAUGCAGCUCUCCACUCCAGCUCAAUCUGCUGCAGCUCGAGGAGCUCCCCCGUGCUGAGGGGGCCGCUGGUGCAGGGGGCCCUGGGAGCAGUGCUGGGCCCCCACCUCCCAGUAAGGAGGCUGCUGAGCCAGAAGCCAGACUGGUGGAGGUCACUGAGUCCUCCAAUCAGGACGCACUUUCCGGCUCCAGCGACCUGCUGGAACUGCUGCUGCAAGAGGACUCGCGCUCCGGCACAGGCUCUGCAGCCUCGGGCUCCUUGGGCUCUGGCUUGGGCUCUGGGUCUGGUUCAGGCUCCCAUGAGGGGGGCAGCACCUCAGCCAGCAUCACUCGCAGCAGCCAGAGCAGCCACACAAGCAAAUACUUUGGCAGCAUUGACUCUUCCGAGGCUGAGGCUGGGGCUGCUCGGGGCGGGGCUGAGCCGGGGGACCAGGUGAUCAAGUACGUGCUCCAGGAUCCCAUUUGGCUGCUCAUGGCCAAUGCUGACCAGCGCGUCAUGAUGACUUACCAGGUACCCUCCAGGGACAUGACCUCUGUGCUGAAGGAGGAUCGGGAGCGGCUCCGAGCCAUGCAGAAGCAGCAGCCUCGGUUUUCUGAGGACCAGCGGCGGGAACUGGGCGCUGUGCACUCCUGGGUCCGGAAGGGCCAACUGCCUCGGGCUCUUGAUGUGAUGGCCUGUGUGGACUGUGGGAGCAGCACCCAAGAUCCUGGUCACCCUGAUGACCCACUCUUCUCAGAGCUGGGUGGACUGGGGCUGGAGCCCAUGGAAGAGGGUGGAGGCGAGCAGGGCAGCAGCGGUGGCGGCAGUGGUGAGGGUGAGGGCUGCGAGGAGGCCCGGGCCCAAGGUGGGGCCAAGGCCUCAAGCUCUCAGGACUUGGCCAUGGAGGAGGAGAAAGAAGGCAGGAGCUCAGCCAGUCCAGCCUUACCCACAGCAGGAAACGGCAUGAGCUAGACUCCAUUCUGGGACCAUCUCCAGGAGUCCACAAGAUGCUUUCUUCUCCUAUGUCCCAAUUCUCAGAACUCAGAUGUGGCUGGACCAACCAGUGGGAAACUGCCCCAGCUUCUCCCACCAUAGGGGGCCGGACCCCCAUCACCAGCCCAGGAUCCAGGGGCUGCCUCUGGCCUCGUAGGGAGCAGAGAGCAGAACUCCGCAGCCUAGCCCAGCCUAGCCCAGAGGAGUGUCACCUCCCACCUUUGGAGAGGAAUCUUUGCCUCCCCUGGACAGAGUUGCUGACAGGCUGUUGAAGUGGCCUCUCCAUAUCCCAGCUGAGCCUGAAUCCGACUCCUGAGGGUUGGGGCUGCACUUAAUUUAUCGGGGAGACAGCUGUCUCUCUCACCUCCUCCCCAGAUGGGAGGAGAGCCUGAGGCCCAAGCAGGACCUGGGGGAUCCAGCCCCUAGCUGCUCGGGGGUGGGGGAGGUUGGUGGACCAUGGGGUCCCUGGUGCUGCCCCUCAGGUGGGACCCAGGUGUUCUCAGCUGUACCCUCUGCCGAUGGCAUUUGUGUUUUUGAUAUUUGUGUCUGUUACUACUUUUUUAAUACAAAAAGAUAAAAACGGCCA